GUCGCAUGUCCAGCGGCGUCUCAGCAACUCACGCACCCGUGCCAAGAACCGGUUCAUUCUGCGGCAGAUCAAGUACAGCCACCGAAGCAUGCGCAACAAGUCGCCCGAGGAGAUGCUGUCCAAGUUGAACCAACGGCAGAACCGUGCCCUCCAGCGCAGAAAUCUGCUUCUGGACGAGCGAAGCGAGCGGCUCAAGCAGCGGCGAGAAGACAGCACGUACCAGCUGCUCAUCCACGAGAAGCGCCAGCUCCUGCGCAACGUCAAACUCAGAGCCCGGCUCGAGUAUGGCCUCUCGUCUGCCUCCAUCAAGCGCCAGACCCUGCUCCGACGCAAAGCCGAGCGCUUCAGUGUCCGUGUGAUGCACGCACAGACAGUUUGCAUGAUGCAGAAGCUCAAAAAGUACGUCGACCUGCGCCGGACCUUUUCCCAGGAGCUCGACGAGCUACUGCGUCAGUCCAUGGAUGCCGACGCCGACCGAGACGACUUUGACUUUGACACCAAGCUAUACCUCACAAAGUCUAAAUCCAGAUUCAAGUCCAAGUCCCGGCGCCCCAAGCCACCCCGAGCAAAGAGCCCAGCGGUCGGCAAUACCGGCGUGCUCGUGAAAGACUCUCCCGCCUCGUCGCCCGAGAAACUCUCGCCCGGCAAGGUGUCUCCCAGCAAGAUAUCGCCAUCAACAGCGAGUUUCCUAAAAUCGCUGUCAAGCUCAUCCGGAUCGCCGUCUUCUCCAGAGAGCGACCUGUCCUCCGACGAUGAGUCUCUUACCGACAGAAUCCGGCGGGUUCGACUGCUGCCCCCCGAGCUGUACCAGUCCAUGGAGGAGUCCGAAUACAUGCUGCUACUGGACCUGCUGCCUCCGAUCACCCGCUUUACUUUGAGAGAGCUUGACCUCGACGAGAUUCUCACCAAUCGCCAGCUUCGUCACGACAUCAUCUUCGACCCGGACCUCCAAUUCAAGCCCAACAUGGACGGCGAGCGCGGCGAGCAAAAACGGGCCAAAGCCGACCGCUACUGGUCCGAGGUCGACAUCGAGCUUGGCGAGGGAUCGACCUAUCGUAUCCCGCUGCUUCUACACGAGGUCCUUGCCAUUCUGCUUGAGCUGCUGCCACCCUCGCAAGACCUCAAACGGGACAUCGAAGACCACCUCGACGUCAAUCUGCUGGCCCAGGAGCUGGAUCAUGGCGUGUUCAAUGCCGCUGGCUUGAUCAAGUAUCUUGCCGAGCUGCUCAAGAAAAACUGUGCGCCUGCACGAGAUGAGCUUGUCGACUCCAUGGAGGCGGAGGCCCUUGCUGGCCAAACCAUCAAAGCAUUGAGGAUCUGCUUCGACGUGCUCGAGUACAUGAAACUGGACUAUGCCAACCACCAGCUCCACCGACUCCGACCUCACAUUGUCGAGCACGCCGUAGAAUACGAAUGGAAGCAGUUCCGAGAGCGAUUCGACCUCGGCUCCGUCAAGGUCGACGAAACUGUCUCGUGGAUCCACGGCGCUGUCCUGCGAUUCCGGAACAAGACCACAAAGUCCAUCUUCGCCGACAAGAUCGACCUCGGCGACGACAACACUAAGCUGCCUCCCUUCAACGUCCUCUACAACGAAGCUUUCCUCAGCCUGGUCUUGCAGGCCCAUGUUAUCGACACGAUCCUGCCCGAGACCUUGUCCAUGGACCAGUCGCGCAUCGUCCAGUACUACAACGACUGGCAAGACAUCACCAUACUCGGAUCGCUGGUGAUUCUGUUUCGGCAGGUGUGUGGGCCCAAGUGCAGCCCGGGGGCCAUCAAGGAGGUCAAGCAAAAGCUUUGGGUUCUGCUCAACGACAACGAAACGUCGAUUGCGCACGUGUGCUUGCAAAUGUCGGAUGAUGCCGCCAAGAUUCGGGGCACGGCGCUCUCCGAGAAGGAGAAAACGACGCUCUCGGGCAUUGUCGAGUCGACGCUCUCGCCGUCCUCGGCACUCUACGACAUGAUGCAGAAACGCAUUGGCGGCUACUUUGAGUACUACCUGGCCAAUGGCGACCUCGAUCGGGACCUGAUUCGACGGCACGGGCUCGGCGAACUUGUGCCCGAAAUCGAGACCCUAUCGACCAAGAUGUCCAAGCUCAUCGUUCACAACAAGGCCGUCUACUCAACAGUAUACUCGACAAUCAUGGAGGCGGGAAUAUAGUCUUCCGGCAAGGGGUGCAUGGCCAUACUGACUUUUGUCAUCGUGUCUGCGACAAGUCUGCGUAAAAUGACUUCGGUGCAUCGCGAUUGCAUUCCCGACCUGCCGAGUCUUCAUGCUCCUUGGCCUGUGCCCUGCCGGACUCGACUCCCUCUCUCUCAACAAGCGUGUGACUAUGGAGUCAGAUCGAGACCCGAAGCAGAAUAUUGUGCCCUUUCCGCGAGUCGACGAGAAUCUGCGAUGGAAGGGAGGCAAACGGAGCAUGAUUAUCAACUGCUCCACGAAUAUAUCGGUUGGAGUCCCUCAGUGC